AUGAAGCCCUUCAGUACCCCGGUUCUCGCCAAGCGAACGUACCGCGAGCUGAAGCUUCUCAAGCACCUCAGACACGAGAAUGUCAUUUCCCUGAGCGACAUCUUCAUUUCCCCCCUCGAGGACAUCUACUUUGUUACCGAGCUUCUCGGCACCGACUUGCACCGUCUACUCACCUCCAGGCCUCUGGAGAAGCAAUUCAUCCAAUACUUCCUCUACCAGAUCAUGCGCGGCCUCAAGUACGUGCACUCAGCGGGCGUCGUCCACCGUGACCUCAAGCCCAGCAACAUCUUGGUCAACGAGAACUGUGAUUUGAAGAUUUGCGACUUCGGCCUGGCGCGCAUCCAGGAUCCCCAGAUGACAGGCUAUGUCUCGACGCGUUACUACCGCGCGCCGGAAAUCAUGCUCACGUGGCAGAAGUAUGAUGUCGAGGUGGAUAUCUGGAGUGCGGGCUGUAUCUUCGCCGAGAUGCUCGAGGGCAAGCCGCUCUUCCCUGGCAAGGACCACGUCAACCAGUUCAGUAUCAUUACGGAGCUCCUCGGCACACCACCCGACGACGUCAUCAACGGCAUCGCCAGCGAAAAUACGCUGCGCUUUGUCAAAUCGCUGCCCAAGCGCGAGCGCCAGCCGCUCAAGAACAAGUUCAAGAAUGCCGACCCUUCGGCCAUCGACCUGCUAGAGAAGAUGCUUGUCUUCGAUCCCAAGAAGAGGAUAACGGCGACCGAGGCGCUGUCGCACGAAUACCUCUCUCCCUACCACGAUCCUACCGACGAGCCCGUCGCCGAGGAGAAGUUCGACUGGAGCUUCAACGAUGCUGACCUGCCUGUUGACACGUGGAAGAUCAUGAUGUACUCCGAGAUCCUCGACUACCAUAAUGUGGACGCCAACGUGGCACAACUCGAGGAACAGCUCAACGCUCAGGCGGCGCAACAAUGA